AUGGAAUUGGCCUUGAGUCAAGUGAACGAACGAAUAGACAUCCUACCAGAAUAUCAACUGCAUAUGGUACUGAACGACACCAAGGUAUACACAGUAUCACAGGAAUCCCACUUUGCAACUACCCCGCAUUGGCUGGGUGAGACUGGGCCGGCAUUGUCGCACUGCCCUGUGGGACUGUUUUAGGGGACAAAUUCUACCCCAGUUUCCUGUGCAACAUCGUUACGGCGAAGAAAAUAAAAAAGCCCCUUAACAGUCCCAUGGUGCACUUCGAGAAACACCGACCCAGUCUCUAACUGGCCUAGUAACGACCACUUUUUUCCGGCCCAAACGAAAGUUCAGUCAAUUCGUUGUUUGACAACCUCGUUAAUACAAUUACCAGAGUUUGAUUCCCAGAUGUGAACUCAAAUCUUUGUUUGGACUUUUUUCCUUUCCCUCAGGGAAAAUAAGCUUAUGUUUCCGUGUAGCUUUAUAUGGCUUUAAAUACUGACCAGUAAAAGGGACUGAGCACUUAUGGAGAAAUGGGAGUGAAAUUAGUGCACCGUUGGCCUCAGCUCAGCUGUGUUGCUCAGAUGAUGGCUAUUUCAAGUCACCGACAUAAAAUAUGGACGGCUUAACUUUUACCUUAAGUGAUUUGACUCCAGAUGUUUCAGCUAGGGUGGGUGGAGAGAUUCUUCCAAAUCUAUUAGGCGUUUUCACUUCAAAGAUCCCAAGCCGUAAGCCGACUUAAAAAGACCAUUCUUUCAAAGAAUGACGAGUGCCGGAAAAAACUGACCUCAAGGCUAAUGCCCGUUGAUUUUUGGCAUUGUUUGAUACAUAUCAUUUUCCACGCCCAUUACUCACCAAGUAUUUGUUGUACUUUUAGAGAAUGUUCAAAAGGCACCGCCAGUUGAUAAGUUAAAGAAGGAGUCGUUUUGGGAAUAAUCACAAAUGUGUGCAAAUGGGGGGACAUUAAACACAACCCCAUAUCUGAGUUUUUGUCAGUAAGUUGAGCACAUGAACUACGGCUCCAUUUCGUUUGAUCGCUUUAAAUCAAUGUAUUUCCAUUUCCUUUAUUACAUAGUGUGAUCCUGGAGUUGGAAUGCACAUUUUAUACGAUCAUAUUUACAACGAACCAACAAAAUUAAUGCUUUUAGGAGCGGCAUUUUCACCAGUCUCCCAACCGAUAGCUGACACGUCGAAGUACUGGAACCUUCUGCAGGUAAGUGUCGUAGCUAAGGCUUAGCCCUCUAUUGAUGUCAUCGAAUCAUAGUCGAAAUAAAAAAAUAAAAAAAAGUCUCAGAAAAAUUAUCGAUCGUAUUUUAAGGUAUCAGCCACCCUUCAGGACAGUCCGCGCGCGGAUCGCUGUAGCGUUAGUUGUUUUUAUAAAAACCCCUAUAAACCAUAUAUUUUUAAAAGCUUAAUAAUUCCAGAUUUUGGAUUUGAACUAACAAAAACGAGUUACUUAAAUGUGUUUCGAAAUUGGAGCGCUUUGUGUAAAAGUACACGUCUCUAUAAAUCAUGUUCCAUUCCCGCCGGAAAUAAACGGAAGAAAACAGUUAACACCGCAUUCGCUUCUCAACACGUUCCACUAAAAAACCGUGUCUCAGAUUUUUGACAAGUGCGUUUGUUUUUCUUUUAUUAGCAAAUGAAGUUGGGGAAGGCAAUUAGUCAACACUCUCUGUGGAAAAAAAGCUCUAGCUUUAAAAUGAAAAGGAGUAUUAAAAUUCGCAGACACGGUUCUGUAGAAGAGAUAUAGGGCAUCACUCUGGCCAAAUUUUAGCCAAAUUGAUUGAAAGGCUGCCGACUUGGAGUUCAAAACGUACGAGUCGAUCAGCAAAAGUUGCGUUCGGAGAUAAAAUAGAAAAUACAUUUUUGGCGGCAUCCUACCUGGAAUGAGAUUAUAACACCUAAAUGUUUAUUCUGAUUGAUAUCAGAGAGGGAUCAAUUUUCUCUAACAAUAGGACUUUGACAGGUAACAUGUAACAGGAACAAACUUUUUAUUGCUAUCAACAUCUUCAAGUGAACAGUUUAAUUCUCCGUUGGAAAACUUCCACUCUUUUACACCACGAGAAGCACGGUUUAAUUCUUUCUCGAUCGCCAGGCCAAGGAAACUAAAAAACUUUGAAGCCGCCGAAUGCCCACCACCGAUUGCUCGAAGGCCAAGAACUGAGGCCCGGUUUAUUGCAAACGCUCUGCUCUUCUCGGAAGAAUUAAAAACAGAAUUUGUCUUGUGCGACGGCCAGCUUUCAUUCUCGCACUGGAUUCUCCAGGUAGAACCAAGUCCAUGCUUAGUCGCUACAUUUUCCAUGACUUGGACUCUUCCCUGGCAAAAUCGACAAGAUACAGACUCGUCCAGUUUCUCAAGCAGCUUUUCGCUCAAUACGAUAGCUCGACCGCUUAUUGUUUUCCACGUUCCAUCAGUAGAUGGGGUCGAUGAGCUUAAUUGGCUUUCUUCAUCUGGUUCCUUAAGCUGGAUUUUGGAGCGGCUUGCACUCUCAGCAACUGCAGCAUUUUCGCUUUU